UAGUGUGCUUACUACUGUUGUAUAAAAUUCAAAAGGCUUGGACAGUAAGUCGGCAUUAAUCAUAAGAGCACAAAGUGAUUAACUAUAAUAUCAAUUUUACCCUGGUUAUGCGAGCGCAACAAAGAAAAAUGAAAACGUUGAUGAUGGCUUUUUGUACCAUAAUAGUAGCCACGUUUUUGGCAUACAGCGAUGCUUACUUAACAGAAGCAGCGAUUAUAAAGACUCAACAAAUGUUAAAAAGUGUAUGCUUGAAGAAACAUGCAGUUCCAGAAGAUACAUUCGUGAAAUGCAAAAAUGGUGAAUUUGCAAACGACGAAACUUUAAAAUGUUAUUUCGCAUGCACGUUGAAAACUAUGCAACUCGUAUCACCAAAGGGUAUACUUGAAAAAAAACCGUUCGCUGACAAAAUGAGAAUGUUGUCACCGCCGUCUAUUAUGGAGGUCAUAUUGCCAGCUAUUGAACAAUGUACAGAUAAAGAUGUAGGGAACGUUUGUGAAAAUGCCUUUAACUUUAUGAAAUGCUCAUACGAAGUGAACUCUAAAACUAUGAACUAUUUUCCAAUUUAGGAACUAUUACCGAUAACGUGUGAAUGGGAAAUCAAAUGUGUGUCAAAAACAUAUAUUUAAAUUCGAUUUAUUUGUUAUUUAACUACUUAGUACUUGCCCUACCAUGAACUAUGUUUACGCAAUAAUCAAUUACCAUUUACACGAUUGCCGUAGAAAAAUUCUUAAUAAUAAUUGUUCAAUAAACGUUGUUCUUUUGUAUCGUAUAAAAACAUGUGUAUUUAAAUUUUCAAAUAGUUUAUCGCGACGUCUUAUCAAUAGCUAUUAGUAUAGGUAAU